CACAAAUCACCAUGUACAAGCCACCUACCUAUUAAUUUUCUUUACUCAGCAUCAUGAAUACCAAGGAACGGAAUGGGAUGGGACCCAACAAAAAAAAACAAAUUGUGUGAUGGAAGCUUUCAACAUGGCAUAAUAUGAGCCCCAAAAAGCUUUUGUUUCUUACGGAAUAUUCUACAACCGUCACUAAACUCUCGCUGAGAAGAUAAGGUUUUGUGUAAUAGAGAGACCAAUAAACCCUUCUCUAUGGUAUGGUUUUUCUCAACAUCAAACCCCAAAAUUAAGAAUGGCAACUUCAACAGUUUCGUCUCUGCUACCAUCUACGGUUUGGACCAAAAAUAAUCAAAUCACACCGAAACCCUUCUUGGGUAAUCUUAAUUUCAGUUGCACAACAUUAAAGAGUCCAGUCUCCACUAAGUUCAGAGUACAAGCUGCAAAGCUUCCCGCUGGGGUGGUAGUGCCGAAAGUAGAGCCAAAAUUUAAGCCACCAUUUCUUGGGUUCACAAGGAUCGCUGAGACAUGGAAUUCUAGAGCUUGUAUGAUUGGUCUCAUUGGAACUUUCAUUGUUGAACUGAUACUGAACAAGGGCAUACUACAAUUGAUAGGUGUGGAAAUUGGAAAAGGUCUUGAUCUUCCUUUGUGAGCUUAUUCGAUGCAACUUCAGUGACCAAUGUAGAGUCCUUGACAUUUUAUUUGAUUGAAAGUUUGUUUGUAAUAAACCUCAUAUCUUAUUUUUAUCUUAUAUACACGACUCAUAUUUUGCCACUGCA